UUGAACCCGCAAUCCAUGCCGCAGCCAUGAGCGCUCUCAUUCGCAAGGUUUGGGAAUCCAUGCCCCACCGAUCCGCCUCCAAAUCCAGCCACAAUUCGGCGUCUGACUACGACCAGCUUAUGUAUAUGCAGUCGUCAUCCACCGGCGACUUCGACCGGAUUCCAAUCGACAUCUUCAUGCAAAUUCUCAAAAUUCUAGGGCCCAAGGAGUCAGCGCGGCUGAGAUCAGUCUGCAUUUCCUGGAAAUUUCUGGUGUCAGAUAAUCGCUUGUGGAUUUAUUUCCUGCAGCGUCAGCCCGAUCCUUGGGACACUGUUUUCUUCGCGGAGACUCACCUGCGAUCGGGCUAUCCUCUGCAAGUGUUUCCUGCUCAGAUGCAUGACCUAUCAUUUAUGCAUAUUUAUGCUCAGCGCGUUCAGGUCCCUGGGGCUCUUAUAAUUGAUGGUGGUUCAGGUUAUUGUAAAUAUGGAUGGAGCAAGUAUUCUUCUCCAUCGGGGCGAUCAGCAACUUUUUUAGAAUUUGGAAAUAUUGAGUCCCCAAUGCCUUCUAGACUUCGACAUUUUUUUUCUACAAUUUGCAACAGGAUGCAGGUGAAAACAUCAACACAACCAAUUGUUGUAUCAAUACCCCUUUGCCAUUGUGAUGAUACCGAGUCUGCAAAAGGUUCUAGAAGACAUCUCAAGGAUGCCAUUUACUCGACACUGUUUGAUAUGAAUGUUCCUGCUGUAUGUGCCAUCAACCAGGCAACUCUGGCUUUGUUUGCAGCACGAAGAACAUCAGGAAUUCUUGUGAAUGUUGGUUUCCAUCAAACAUCUGUUGUUCCAAUUUUACAUGGCAAGGUGAUGUAUAAGGUUGGGGUGGAAGUUGUUGGGAUGGGAGCUUUGAAACUUACAGGAUACCUCCGAGAUCGGAUGCAACAGAAUAACAUACAAUUUGACUCUCUGUAUACUGUCCGCACAUUGAAAGAGAACUUGUGUUAUGUUGCCCUUGACUAUGAAGAUGAACUAUCCAAAGACACUCGAGCAUCGUUUGAUAUUUCACCUUCCAGUUCGUUUACGCUUUCAAAUGAGCGCUUUCAGACAGGAGAAAUACUGUUUCAGCCUCGCAUGGCAGGAAUGCAGGCUAUGGGUCUGCAUCAGGCGGUGGCGCUUUGCAUGGAUCACUGCCAUGAUGCUGAAUUAACUGCGGAUGAUAAUUGGUAUAAAACUGUUGUCUUGGCCGGUGGCAGUGCAUGUAUGCCAGGAUUAGCAGCAAGACUAGAGAAAGAACUGUACGGACUUCUGCCAACUUCCUUUUCCAAUGGAGUUCGGGUUUUACCUCCCCCUAAUGGCGGGGAUUCUGCGUGGUUUGGAGCGCAGCUCGUCAGCAAUUUGAGCACAUUUAACACAUCUUGGUGCAUGACUAGAAAGCAAUUCCGGCAACGGUCCAAGCGGAAGGUGUUGUGGUGAACUACCUUCACAAUUUCUUCAAGGUUGGACGAUGUUUCCAUGAAUAAGAUAUGUUGUGUAUGAAAAUGAUUAUGGUAAGAUCACAAAAUAUAUUAAAGCGGUAUGUAGAAACACUUCAUAUUCCCUAUUAUUAUCAUUCAGUUUGUCCAUUUGUUGAGAUAUACUUCAAAUUCUCACACCCGCCACAGAUAAAUGUAUAAAUAAAUAUAUACAUAUAUAUUUUUAAUUUUAUGCAAAAGAACUAGUAUUUGUGAA